AUUUUCUGCUCUGCUCGGCCGGGGUUGCUAAGCUGCAGGAAUCCGUGGCACCGGCUUUUAAAUCCGAGCCCACGGGGGCUGGAGACUCGGCGCAGGUCGGAGCCGCCCCCUCCCUCAGCAAUGCCGCCGCUGAUUGGCUGCUCGGCGUUCAAUGGGGAAGAGGCUUGGAGGGCGGUGGGGCAGCAGGAGACGGUCUGCUCUGUGCGGCGAUGAGUUACUGAGGAUUAAUUGGUACAGGGGAGGGAUGGAGCCGGACCGGGACCGGGCUGAGGCCGGCUCUGGAGUGCUCGGACUAAACCCGGGGAAACUUGCCUUUGGAAGGAGCGUGACCAGACAUAUCCACCACAGAUAGUGAUCCUAUAGCAAAGAAUUUCAUAGAUUUGCCACGCUGGCUGAAGACAUUCCUCCUUCAUCUCCGUCUAAAAAGAAGCCCCUCUAUUCGGAGGCAGUGUUCUCUCAUCUAUGGUGGGAGAGUCUAAGUAAAGUGAAAUGGCUGAACAAAAUUCAAAGAGGGCAGAUCUAAAAGUGAUGUCCAGCAUCCACUGUUGGAGAUUGUAGCGGAUGACUUGGCUGCCAGCAUGCCGCAUGGUUUGACCUGAAAAUGGGCGUUAAUGCUUCGAACUACCCUCACUCUUUCUCUCAGAGGGUAGGAGGAAACUCACAGGCUCAGCAGACAUUCAUUGGAACAUCUUCCUACCUACAUCACGGAUAUGGAUGUGAUUCGAAAUUAUAUAGCCUUGAACAUAGCCACGAGAAACCACAAGACAAAAAGAAAAAGAGUUCUGGCCUUGCGACACUGAAGAAGAAAUUUAUAAAAAGGCGCAAAUCUAAUCGCUCUGCCGAUCACGCAAAGCAGAUGCGUGAGCUUCUUUCUGGGUGGGAUGUAAGGGAUGUGAAUGCUUUAGUGGAAGAAUAUGAAGGCACUGCAGCUUUAAAGGAACUUUCAUUGCAAGGAAUUUUGGCGCGACCAGACGCACGGACCUUGCAAAGAGAUCUAGCAGAUCUUUAUGAAUACAAGUACUGCACUGAUGUAGAUUUAAUAUUCCAAGACACUUGCUUUCCAGUACAUCGUGCCAUUCUUGCAGCGCGAUGUCCCUUUUUUAAGACGUUGCUUUCAUCAUCACCUGAAUAUGGUGCUGAGAUUAUGAUGGACAUAAACACAGCUGGCAUAGAUUUGCCUAUGUUUUCAGCACUGUUACACUACCUGUACACUGGAGAGUUUGGAAUAGAGGACUCCAGGUUCCAAAGUGUUGACAUCCUGUUACAGCUCACUGAAGAAUUUGGAACACCGAAUUCUCUGGAUGUGGAUAUGCGAGAACUUUUCGAUAACAUGUGUUACUAUGAUGCUAUUCUUGGCUUUUCAUCCGAUUCAGGAUUUGUGGAAGCAUUUGGAAGAGGUUCAGGUUAUUUGGGUGAGGAACUCCGUGGGCAUAAGGCUGUUCUAUCUGCACGUUCGCCAUUUUUCAGGAAUCUUCUCCAAAGACGUAUAAGGACUGGUGAAGAAAUAACAGAUCGAACUCUGCAGACACCAACUAGAAUCAUACUUGAUGAGUCUAUCAUUCCAAAGAAAUAUGCAAAAGUAAUUUUACAUUGUAUGUAUACUGAUCUUGUGGACUUGUCUCUUGUAUUGCACUGCAAUCCAUCUGUGGGGAGCCUAAGUGAAGUCCAAGCAAUGGUAGCAGGGAAAGGCAACAUGUCGAGAGCAGAAGAAGCGAUGGAACUUUACCACAUAGCUCUCUUUCUGGAAUUCAAUAUGCUCGCCCAAGGAUGUGAAGAUAUUGUGGCGGAGAGCAUCUCCCUCGACACGCUGAUUUCCAUUCUGAGCUGGAGUUCGCAGCCUUACGGCUCUAAAUGGGUUUACCGACAGGCAAUUAAUUUUCUGUGUGAGGAAUUCACUUCAGUCAUGAUCUCUGAUGUGUUCUUUGAGCUCAGCAUGGACUACUUGUCUGCCGUACUUCAGUCAGACUAUUUGCAGGCUAGUGAGCAAGAUAUCCUGAAAUACAUGAACAAGUGGGGAGAACAUCAGCUCAUUAAACAGAUGGCAGAGAGAGAGCCGAACCUGCUGAGUGGAACUGCACACAGUGUCAACAAAAGAGGUGUAAAACGACGUGAUCUGGACAUAGAAGAACUAAAAGAGAUUUUGUCUCCAGUUCUGCCUCAUAUUCGCAUAGAUCACAUCCUUCCGACUAACAGUGAGGUUCUUAAUGAUGCUAUGAAGAGAGGACUGAUUAGCACACCACCAUCAGAUAUGCUCCCAACAGCAGAAGGUGGAAAGUCUCAUGCUUGGCUGCGUCAGAAAAAUUCUGGGAUCUAUGUGAAACCUCGAUUAUUUGCACCGUAUGUGGAGGAGGCAAAGACUGUAUUGGACGAGAUGAUGGUGGAGCAGACAGAUCUUGUCCGGCUGCGAAUGGUCCGUAUGUCCAAUGUACCAGACACACUAUACAUGGUGAAUAGUGCUGUUCCACAAUGCUGUCACUUAAUGAAUCACCAGCCGAUAGGCGCACCAUCUAACCCUCCUUCAAUCAUUGCCAAUGAAAUUCCUGUCCCCCCCUUGAAAAUGGUAAAAGAUAUGAUCAGGCGCCUUCAGGAACUUAGACAUACGGAUCAGGUGCAGCGAGCAUACGCGUUGAACUGUGGGGAAGGAGCAACUGUAAGCUACGAAAUUCAGAUCCGGGUGCUGAGAGAAUUUAACCUCCCAGAUGCUGCUGUUGAACUGCUUCAGAAUCCUCUUAAGUUCUUUCCUCAUGAGCGGUUUGGUGAUGAGAGUCCAGUGCUAGCUGUUCGUCAGCAUGCUCACUGCAGGAUGAACAGUUCACCAGCUGGACAACGUGGUGACAUUGAGCCCUUUGCAGCUUUCCGCCCACCUUUGCCACCACCUCCACCACCGUAUCACCCACCGACAGCGCUGACGCAUGAGAAGCACAAAACCGAUGGGAAGCAGAGGCUGCCUGGUCAGCUGUCAUCCCGAUCCUUAUCCUACCCGUGUAAUCGUUCUUUACAUUAUUCUGGACUGACCACCAGACCUAUUUAUACAUCUGGUGGUAAACAAAUGCCUCCCAACUGCACCAAUUCUGCCAGACUGGUCCAGAUGCAAACAGAUAUAGGGAGCACUGAAGGUGCCUUGAAUGAACUGAUGCCAGACAUUGCAAUGGGUGUGACAUCUCUGAGUAACUUGUCACUUAAGGACAGAAGAUUUCCAGAACUUGCUUUAAGUACUGAAGUGAACCAAAUGGCUUCAGAUUUUGCUUCCUUUCCACGGCCUGCACCAUAUUUACACAGUAGACGCACACACGGUGUGAGGAGAAAGCCCAGUGAUCUGAAGGCAGAAUCUCGCCAAGGCUUCCAGGAGUACCCUGAUCUCUACGAUUUCUCCACUGUAUCUUACCGGCCGUACACUCCAGGAACAAGCAGACAUACAUUGGCUCCUUCACAGGCAACAUAUUUCAGCCCAGAUUUAUACAAUCCCAAUAGACCUGCAGCAGCAGGGAGCUUCAAGAUGACUUCUCUUUGCAGUGGAUCUGCUAGUAAAUCGGUAGAGUCAAGGAGAGAAUAUUUACUGCCUCCUGAAGACCAGCAACCAAGACCCAGUGACCCACCGUAUUUCGAUUUUCUGGAGCAGCCUCCACACAGGUUGGACUUGGCACUGAAGCAGGAGUGUAGUGGGGGCUCUUUACAUACCAGGAGCAGGGGGUUAAUGGAGACGGAUCUGACUUGUGGCCUGACCGCUAGCCACACUCUCAGUGUGCCCUACAGCUCUGAGAACAACGAGGCUCACUGCAGCAGACGGUCAUCGGACGGUGACGUGCUGGAGCCGGGACCCAGUGCUCAGCCUCACAGAACCAUCCGGAACAACAGGGAAGAUACACUAAGCCGAGAAAGGAGGUCGCCAAACAGAUCUGAUCUCUCAUACAAAAAGUCAGCUCUUUAAUGACAGCAGUAAUCCAUUGUGAUUUUUCAGCAGAUGACUCUUGUUAAUUUGCUUUCAUAGAUGUUUUGUACAUAACAUUUCUACCUUAAAUAGGAUAAUUUCUAAGUGAUUUUCUAUGACUUUUUUAAUAUCUCGGGAAACCAAGUCAUGUGCAGUAUUGCCAUCCUUUCUAAUGUGCAAAUUGUCCGUUAAUCAAGUUCACCAUUUAAAAAUAAUGCCUGAUCUUUUACCUCCUUUUUUCAGGUCUGUUUAAAACAGUUCUGUGUUUUUGUGCAUUGAAUAACAAUUGUGUAAUAUUUAAUGGUGAAAAGUACUCUGAUAUACAGUACACAUUGGCAUAUUUUCUCAUUUUCGAGAAAGUUUUUAGUCUUUAAAAUACUGGGCAGUAUUCUUUUCAAGUGUACUCAGCAUUGGAAAUGUGCAAGGGAAGAACGCCUGGGCUGCUGCCUGUAUUCAGAGCACAGAUCCUCGUCAGUUUAAAGCUGUAGUCUUAAUCUUGGGACAAUCAGAUUGCUGUGACAAUCGGUUUAUAGGAUUAAUGCUUUAAUAUAUCAUGAGAAGCUGAAACCCCAAAGGCAGAAAUACUAGCAACAUGGAGAAAGCGGCUAGAGUCCCCUAUGAAGCUGCUACCAUAUUGUUUGCUUAAUCAUGGAUCUGUCGGACACAUGAAACUUCUCGGCCUUUUCCCCUCAUUUUUUUAGUUUGUUAGUUCCUUUUCAGAUUUCUGCAUGGAUAGAUUAAUGUUGGUCUCCAAAAUGGUUUCCAACACUUAAAAUAGUAUUAGUUCUGUGAAGGGGAGAAACUAGAAUGCAUGUUGUAUGUGAUUUUUAAAUUCUCUUGUUUCCCCUUUGCUGUAUCCAAGUAGGUUCCUCAAUUGCACAUAUUUAAGAUGUUCUGUGCACAAAAUGCUGAAGGAACUCGGUAAGUCAGGCAGCAUCAAUGGCAAUGAAUAAACAGUUGAUGUGAUCAGUGGAAAGGAAGGGGGAAGAAGCCAGAGUAAGAAAGUGGGGGAGGGAAGGAGAGGUUUUUAUUCCCCUCAUAGACGCUGCCUGACCUGCUGAGUUCCUCUAACACUUUGUGUUUGUUACUCUGGAUUUCCAGCAUCUACAGAAUCUCUUGUGUUUAAGAUGCUGUAGCUCCCUCUCUGCGGCACUCUGUUGAUGGCCAACACGUGUUGCAGAUCUCAUGUUCACCUCCCUGGCAACAGCUAAAUCCAGGCAGAGACUAACCCUGUUAAUCCAAUCUUGGUGGCAAGGUAGAAUACCUAGGGAACUUGGAAUAUUGAUUAUAGUUGUUUUAGUUCUGUAUUUUGCCAGCUAUGUAGGUCCUACAAUAAUUCGCAGAAAUUUCUCUCCUCUUGAACCUGUAUCUGUGAGUUGUAUAUUUAAAUUCAGUGGUGUUUUAAAUUUUACUAAUUCUGAUCUACAGUAUAAAACUAAUUUGAAGUAUUGGUGCAGAUUUUCCUUCUCAGAUCUUGUUCUGUUUCCUGUUUGGGUGCCACAUCAGGAUUGACAUUAGGAGACAGGAGAAUUCAUGCAACACACAUAAAAGUUGCUGGUGAACGCAG